AUGGCCGGAGACGCGUGCACCGCCGCUGCGCCCGCUGUCCCGCCAGCUGCUUCGCUGCAGCAGUCGGGGAAUGCGCGCCAAAACGCUUCUGUUUGCGGUGCCAAGACACCGGGAUACCUCGACCUCGUUGGCCACAGCUUAAAGGCGACGUCGAUGGACCACGGCAUGCAGUACAGCUCCAUCUACUGGGAAACCAGUCACCGAACCUACCUCCCUUUCUGGGCCUCUCUCACCCAAAAAUUCUCAUGGAAAAUCAUGGACGACCAGAUUCGGUCGGCGCUUCGCCUGCCGAAGCCCGUGACCAGUGAACCGUUUGUCUUUUCCUCGGGAUCGCCGUAUCUUCGGAAAUACUUUGGCGACGCUGACCUCUCGGUGCCCGUUCCGCUGCAAGCGCCGGCGCACUUCGCCUUCGUGCCGACGGGGACGCGCGCUCCGUGGGAGGACGUGGCCCAGGAGACCGGCCCACAGGCAGCUGCGGCUCGAGGCGCUGCGGCGACGGCGUUCAGAGCCGUGUUGGAAAGUGCGUGGAAAUGCGACAUGGACGAGCAGCUGAAGCAAAAAAUGCAGGCGCAUACGACUGCCUUCCACCAGUCCGGGUCCACUGGCGGUUGCCCCAUCCCCACUGAGUUCUGA